ACCAAUCAAUAUCCUCAACUCCUGACAACACAUAAGAAACAAGACACACACAGAAACAGGUUGCAUCUAGACAAACUCAUGGCUAGAAUGAUCAGAUUAGCCAUUCUACUCGUCGCACUUUUUGCUGGAUUCCAAGCCACCGCUGCAGUGACUACACAUGUAGUUGGAGGCAGCACAGGGUGGCUGGUUCCCCCUCAAGGCCCCAUCUUUUAUGCUGUUUGGUCUGCCAAUCAAACAUUCAUUCUUGGCGACAUUCUGUUUUUUAACUUCACGACUGGAGAACAAGAUGUAGCCAGAGUCACGGAGCAGGCUUUCUUGACCUGCAAUUCAACAAACCCCAUCUCUCUUGUCAAAACUGGGCCGGCGAACUUCACCCUGAAUUCCACCGGAGCGUACUACUUCAUAGGGACCUUGAACAACAACUGCCUUAAUGGUCAAAAGCUGGCAAUCAACGUGACCACAUCUCCCGGACCUAUUCCUAUUCCUACUCCCAGAACUGUACCGGAAAAUUUUACCGUCGGCGAGAGAUUGGGAUGGAUCGUCCCACCCCUUGGCGAAAUCACGUACCUCACAUGGGCUUACAACAAGACUUUCAUCAUCGGAGACACUCUAGUGUUCAACUUUCACAAUGGAUCAGAUGACGUUGCCGUGGUGACAAAAGACGCUUAUAAUAUUUGCAACACUAGCACCAGUCUCGCCGUUUAUAACAACAGUCCGGCAGCUAUAACCCUGAAUACGACCGGCGAACAUUACUUCACAAGCACCUACAACUACCACUGCGAGUUGGGUCAAAAACUAGCCAUUAACGUGACCGGCACCGGCUCCGGCUCUAGCCCCGGCAGUCCAUCUUCUGGCACACCUGGUCCCACCGCGGCUCCACCAUCAGUAGGUGCAUCCCCGGCUAGGAUUUCCACUAGCUAUUUCCUCAUCGUCUUUACCAUUGCCAUGGCUGUCUUCUAGUAAUUAUUACUGGAUUUGUUGUUUCUGUAUGGUUGACUUAAUUUGUUCCUUGUUAUUUUGUAUCCAUUCAUAUCACAUAUGUUAUACGUGUAUACCCAGCUGAGGCUGUACUCAUUCUAUUAUUCAGUUUAUAUAUAGAUUCUGUUUUUGUAGUUA